CGUACCAAAAGUAAAAGUCACCAUUUAGCAAACAAAAAUGAUCUGAUCAGUUUCUACUAACACUAGUGGUUAACUUAAACAUCAUUGCAAUAAAACGAAGGCGGAACUAAAACUCAAGCUGUGGUUUCCACAGGGGCAGAUUUUGUUGUCACACCUCGCCGUCAGAUUCGCGUCUCGCAUGAAUGGAAUAUUAACUGUAAAAGCUUUAAUUUAGGAAUGUAAAAUGAAUGCAUAGUUCUUGUAUUUUACAAUUUUAGUCGUUAUCUGUCGAUUUAACGUGGAAACGGUGUUCCCUUUAUUCAACUUUAUAGUGGUCUCUGUUUGUGGGAAAGAGUGCAAGCUAAAUAGCUGCUAGCCUGAAGCUAGCAGUCAGGCUAGGUGACGUUAACAUCGUUAGCCAGAGAGCUUUCUGCAUUGCUCUAACAACAGAAACAAGAAACGGAGCAAAGAUGGUCGAACACACACUCGACCUGUCGGUGGAGAAGCAGAUCUUUUAUGCCGUUUUGGGCUUUUCGUGGACGGUGUAUCUGUGGGAAGCCUACCUUUCUUACAGACAGAGGAGGACCUACAGAUCAACAACACAUGUGCCACAGGAACUCUUGAGGAUCAUGGAUUCUGAAACAUUUGAGAAGUCACGUCUCUAUCAGCUGGAUAAAAGCAACUUCAGCUUUUGGUCUGGACUCUAUUCUGAGACUGAGGGGACGUUGAUUCUGCUCCUGGGAGGAAUCCCGUUUUUGUGGGACACUGCUGGUUCCCUGACGUCUCGUAUGGGAUUAGGUUCAGAGUACGAGAUCACCCAGUCGCUCGUGUUUCUGACGCUCGCCACCCUAUUCAGUGCCUUUACUGGACUUCCCUGGAGUGUGUACAACACAUUUGUCAUAGAGGAGAAGCAUGGCUUUAACCAGCAGACAUUGGGGUUCUUCCUUAAGGAUGCUGUAAAGAAGUUUAUUGUGACCCAGUGUAUCCUGCUGCCUGUCACCUCGCUGCUCCUCUACAUCAUCAAGAUUGGUGGAGAUUUCUUUUUCAUCUAUGCCUGGCUCUUCACUCUGGCUGUUUCUCUGGUGCUUGUCACGAUCUAUGCUGAUUACAUUGCGCCCCUGUUUGACAAGUUCGCUCCAUUGCCAGAAGGAGAGUUGAAGACAGACAUUGAGGCAAUGGCCAAGAGCAUAAGCUUCCCCCUCACUAAAGUCUAUGUAGUUGAAGGUUCAAAGCGUUCCUCCCACAGCAAUGCAUACUUCUAUGGGUUCUUCAAGAACAAACGCAUUGUUCUGUUUGACACACUGCUGGAAGACUAUUCGCCUCUCAACCAGGCAGGAGAGCCAGAGAAAGAGGAAGCAUCCAACAAAUCCAAAGCCAAGCAAAAGAACAAGAAACAAGGAUGCAACAACUCUGAGAUCCUUGCUGUCCUGGGUCAUGAGCUCGGCCACUGGAAGCUUGGCCACAUGGUCAAGAAUAUUGGCAUCAGUCAGAUGAAUUCCUUCCUGUGCUUCUCCCUGUUUGCUGUUCUGAUUGGACGCAAGGAGCUGUUUGUAGCUUUUGGCUUCAAUGACAGCCAACCCACAUUAAUAGGCUUGAUGAUUAUCUUCCAGUUCAUCUUCUCUCCGUACAACGAGGUCCUGUCCUUUUGUCUGACAGUCCUGAGUCGCAGGUUCGAGUUCCAGGCUGAUGCUUUUGCACGCGGCAUGGGCAAAGCCUCUGAGCUCUGCUCUGCCCUCAUCAAGCUCAACAAGGACAACCUGGGCUUCCCAGUGGCUGACUGGUUGUUCUCCAUGUGGCACUACUCCCACCCUCCCCUCCUGGAGCGCCUGCGGGCUCUGGGCAGCAUCAAGCAGGACUGAUGGGGCUGGAAAGGGGAGGUUCGUCUGGUUCCAACCCUAAAGGGCCUCCGCAGACCGCUCCUGGCCCUCUAAUGCGCCCUGGCCUUUUUCUACCUAUCCCACCCAAUCCUGUGUAAUUUCUUUACUUGCCAUAUCUUCUGUUUGGUUCCUUUUUUGAAAUGUUCUUCUAAACAAAACCCAAAUAUAUCAGCACAAGCCAGCCUAAAAAUAUCUCAAGCCUGAACUAAAGUCUGCAGUCUUCCCAUAGACACUUAAUAUGCACUAGCUGAGGAGAAUAAAUCUGGGCAAUGUGUGUUUUGCUAAAAUUCUUGUUGGAGCACAGGUCACAUUUAGCAGAUAUAUCUAAAUGAUUACUUUCUGAAAUAAUUCUAUUUCCGUACAAUUUCUUAACAUUUGCUUUGUAGAAUUAAAAAAUAAGACAAUGUUUGAUUUCAAGGCCAGAAAUUUACCUUAAAGAGUUAUGUUUCUGUUGUGAUGCAUACAUGACAUUCAACUGUUUGAACUGGUUAAUCCCACACAACACUGAGAUUUUAUUUAUUGUGGAUUUGAAUAACAAAAUAGAUUUAAUGAAAACUCAAUAUAAUGCUUCUUAAGAAGUAUCUCCAAGCAAGCUCAAAAGUCUAAAGGUGAACAUAGUUAUCAUCUCAAAUUCUCAGUUUUGCAUAAGAACAUGUAGAUGCUUAGUCAUGGUGAAACAAAUGGGAGUGCCUCUGAUAAUCUGUUUUUGUUCAUCGGACGCAUUAUGAACAGAGCAGUGCAGAAUAUUUAAUUUGAAUUUAGGUUAGACAUAAUUUUUACAUGCACUGCGGGGAACUUGUUUUAUUUUUUCCUAAAGCAUGUGAUUGCCGACAAGGUUCCUACCGUACCUGUACAUAUGUAACUUAAGGGAGUUGGAGUAAUGGUGUAUGAUGUGAAUUGUGGAAAAUAUUGAAUGUGGUUUGAAAUUUUAAGUUGAUGCUGUGUUUUUUAGUUUCUUUUUUUGUUUUGGGCCGGUGUGAGCCCGCAGUUGCCUGGCAAGCAAAGUAUUUACAGGGGACAUGGGGAAGUGGGUCCGCGAGGUUCCUUUCACCAGAUAAGCCAGUGUUUGGUUUGUUCAGCGAGGGGACUGCAUACUGUCUUUACUGCAUUGAAUAAAAUUCUUUGAGGCA